AAUUGCGACCCGCUGCUCCUAAACUGUGGGACCGGCUGUGAGAUGGUGACGCUGCUUCAGACCUCCGGCUCCUGAUUGGUGAGGAGUUCGUCCGGAGCUCAGCACCGCAUAGCCGAGACUCCGCUGCUCAUUGGCGGACAAUCCUUUGGAAAUGUCCGCCAAAAUUCUCUUUUCUGGUUGGUCUGGCAGGAACCGUCCCGCGCUCUGUGGGUAUAUAGAGGAGGGUUUCUGCUGCUGAGGGAGCACUUCUCUUUGUCCCGACUUUAGAAAGUAAUAAAGAUGUCUGGCCGCGGAAAAACUGGUGGCAAAGCCAGAGCCAAGGCGAAGUCCCGUUCCUCCCGUGCUGGGCUCCAGUUCCCAGUCGGCCGUGUUCACAGCUCCCGUGCUGGGCUCCAGUUCCCAGUCGGCCGUGUUCACAGGCUGCUGCGCAAAGGAAACUAUGCUCAGCGUGUCGGUGCCGGCGCCCCCGUCUACCUGGCGGCUGUGUUGGAGUACCUGACCGCUGAGAUCCUGGAGUUGGCUGGAAACGCUGCCCGCGACAACAAGAAGACCCGUAUCAUCCCCCGUCACCUGCAGCUGGCUGUCCGCAACGACGAGGAGCUCAACAAGCUGCUGGGCGGAGUGACCAUCGCUCAGGGCGGCGUGCUGCCCAACAUCCAGGCUGUUCUGCUGCCCAAGAAGACCGAGGCCUCCCGUCUGGCUCACUACAACAAGCGCUCCACCAUCACUUCCAGGGAGAUCCAGACCGCCGUCCGCCUAUUGCUGCCCGGUGAGCUGGCCAAGCACGCCGUGUCUGAGGGCACCAAGGCCGUCACCAAGUACACCAGCUCCAAGUAA